AUGGAUCUCAUGAGAACACGCGAUGACCAGGACUGCUCAGGCUUCACUUGCUGGUAUUGCAAGUACUUCUGGGUGUGGUCAGACUAUGAUGAUGAUGGUAAACCCAUACAGGACGAAGUGCUAUCGUGUGAUGUGUGUGGAAUUCUAGAAGAGGAAGAAGUUGUGUUUGUCAAAAGCUGGUUUGAGGAAACGAAGAAGCCGGAGCCAGAACCGGGACAGGGGGAAGAACGACUGUUGGUCUGUGAAGAGACAAAGGAUAAAAAGAGCGAGGAACGAGAAGUGGACGAUGGUGAGGGCGAAUUUACUAUAGUCGAUAGGAAGAGAGCUUGGCCAAAGAAGAAGGUUCAGAAUGAGGGAGUUGAUGAUGGUGAUACUGUUAGGUUUACUGAAGUUGGCCAGAAGAAGGCCAGGCAAAAGAAGAAGAUACCGGAUGAUCUACUGGCAACUGAGGGCAUUCCACGAUAUGCACUCAGAAGACCAGGUCGACCAACCAGGUAG